AUGGACAUUUCGCCUGGGAUCACCGAGUGUGAAGAACACAACAUCCUCUCUUCGUAUCUGGCGGAUCCAGACAAGACAGAUGCCACACUGGAGCGCCUCACAACGUGCGCAACCUCCUCACUCUCCAAGGGCGAGCUCGAAACACAGCUGCGCAGAUUGUGGAACAGCUUUCUAUACCUCUCCAGUCAGCAACCGCACUCUUCAAAACAACAAGACUCGCUCGUCAAGCUUCUACAAGUUCUGACCACCAAUUCCUCUACGCUCAAAGACACCAAUGGUAGAGGAGUCGAGGUUGAUGGCAGCAAAGUCUGGCGUGGUCUUCCUCUCUUCGGCCAACAAGCCCGCGAAUGCUGGAACUUCCCUAGUGACAAAGAGGUGGAUACUAAGACCAGAGAUGUGUGGAUCAAUGUCAAUGCAUUCGUCGCACGCUUGACUGCUGCCGCUAUCAACGAGCAUGGUGGUGAGAGACAAGGUUACAGCCCUCUCGACUAUUCUCUCUACGGCAUAUGGAGUCUGAGAAGUGCACUCGAGGAGAAGCGGGAGAACCUGCCUGGCAAAACCACAGUCGAUGCUUCGGUAGGUGCUGUUGCAGUAUGGAUUGUUUAUGCUGGUCCUACGCUUAGAGGUCUCUCAGAAAGCAACAAGACUUAUAGUGGCAAGGUUGCAAAGCCAGGCUCCAAGUUCAAGGAUCAGGAGUGGAGAGGCUAUACCAAGGACAGAUGGCAAUCGUGGAAGGAAGAGCUCGCCCAGGCAAAGAGCCUCGUGCAGGAUGACGGUAUACAAAAUCUCGUGCAACAAGCAUUAGAAAUCAUCAAGCAAUAG